CAUAGGGUAUGUGCAUUUGGCUUUCAUGUUCCCUGGUUAUACUAUAUUUAAGGAGAUUCUUUCAAUUAUAUCCAUCAAAAUUGUGGUUAACAUUAUAUAACAUGUACUAAUACUUCAGCAGCAGAUUUAGAUGGUUCUGCUUCUUCAGCCAGUUCCAAAAACCAUGUUGCUUACAAGAAGUCUGCUCGUUCUACUCGUAUUGAUAUCGAUCUCACUCAAAUCAGUGUUAGUGAUAGAAGCGCAGCUGGAAGAGUGGUGCAUUGCAGACGAGCAGACGCCAGAUGAUGAACUUCAGAGUGCACUUGAUUGGGCAUGUGGGAAAGGAGGAGCAGACUGCAGUAAAAUUCAGAAAAAUAAGGCUUGUUUUUUGCCAAAUACAGUAAGAGACCAUGCUUCAUACGCCUUCAAUAGCUACUUUCAGAAGUUCAAGCACAAGGGUGGCUCUUGCUACUUCAAAUCAGCAGCUAUGAUCACCGGCGUUGAUCCCAGUUAUGGAAAAUGCAAGUACGAUUACAUCCGAUGAUGUAAAGAACAGAAAAAACAGUCGUGCAAUGUCUUCUCGAAGAAAUCUUAUCACUUACCUAUACUAUACUAGAAUUAUAUAUCGGAGUUACAAAUUUACAAUCUUCAUCCACGAAAAUGUCUUGUGGAUUAAUGACAACAUUCUUGUAGUAUUAGUUUAUAGCACUCGUUAUUUUGUACUAGCUUAGUAAUUUAACUUUGGAAUAAUGUGAAAUUCGAGGUUUGCUCUAAAUCUCUACUGGUGCUUCCCAUAAUUAAGUUGUACAAUCAGGAUAGAUCACUUUGAGUUAGGCCUGUUCAGAGUGCGUCUGAACGCACCAAACCACAACUCAAACCAUUUUUUCGCGAUUCGGGUUGGUUUGCAGUUUUAAAGUUGCAGUUUGGGUUAUGAUUUCAAGCAAAUUGCGGUUUGGGUUGAGUUUUAUGUUUUGUAAACCGAAACCGCAUCAUAAACCGCAAUUUUAUCUGAUUUUUUUUUUUAAUUUUUUUUAAAAUUCACUUGACAAGGUGGCAUACAAGUAUAUAAAUGAAAAAAGAAGUUUGAGGUAAAGAACCUGGACACUUUUGAUAAAUUAUUUUAUAUGUUUAAUUAUGGAGUCAAUUUCAUAUUUAUUUGGACUCUUUAUAUUUAUUAACAAUUUCUUUUUACUCUUAGAUUACUAAAUUAAUGUCGCGCAGGAAAAAAUGGUUAAACCGCACCAAACCGUUUUACGCGGUUUGGUUUGGGUUAGUUUGGGCAAAAGUGCAGUGCGGUUUGAGU